GGGAAAAUGGCUUUGUUGGCCUCAAAUAGCUGCUUUAUUAGAUGCAAUGAAGCAGGGGACAUAGAAGCAAAAAGUAAAACAGCAGAAGAAUAAAUGAUCAAGAUUAGAUCCUGUGCUGAAAGAGAAACCAAGAAAAAAGAUGACAUUCCAGAAGAAGACAAAGGAAAUGUAAAACAAUGUGAAAUCAAUUAUGUAAAGAAAUUUCAGAGCUUCCAAGACCACAAACUUAAAAUAAGGAAAGAAGAGAGUAAAAUUCUUAAAAAAGGCUCAGAAAGAUGGAUUUUUCAUGAGAUGCUUCUGGACAGAUUUGGCUACCAUGUUCUUCUGGUGCCUAUUUUAACAGAGUCUCAGUCAUAGCCUUCCUUCGUCUCUGAAGGGACCAGGCGACCCACGGAGUGCCUCGGCAGCCUUGUCAUUACAUGCAAUCUUCACAGACAAGAUCUCACUGCAACCACCUUUCUACAGGAGCACAGGUGUGACAUUGUACUGAUGACAUCAUUCUCAGAGAAAAUUCAUUUUACACACUAAGGACACACAGACACAAGGAGGCUUACACAAAGGGAAUGGACCUUUCCCAACACAGUAGUGCAAGGCCCUGCCACUUUGCUUCAAUUCCUGAAAUUUCCUUGGUAAAUAUGGGGCUGCCCUAUUCCUGAGACUUUCAAAAAAUAAUUAUUCAUCCUCUCAGCAUCCACAAUGUUAAUACAAGCCUAAUAUUCUUUAAUUUGUGUUUUGUUUUUUGGAGGUACAGUCUUGCUCUGUCACCCAGGCUGGCAUGAAGUGGCAUGGUUUCAACUCACUGCAGCCUCGACCUCCUGAGCUCAAGCAGUUCUCCCAUCUCAGCCUUCCAAGUAGCUAGGACUUCAGGUGUGUGCCAUGACACUCAGCUAAUUUUGUUUAUAUUUUUGUAGAGAAAAGGUCUCGCUAUGUUACCCAGGCUGGUCUGAAACUCCUGGGGUGAAGCGAUCCUCUUGCCUCUGCCUCCCAAAGUUCUGGGAUUACAGGUGUGAGCCACUGUGCCCAGCCCUUUAAUUCUUUACUUGGGGUUCAGGUGACAAUAUAUUUCUUAUUUACAAAUCUUACUUAAUCUCACGGAUGCUGUCAUUGGCAAACUGACCCACCUUGAAUGAAGCCUCCUCCAAGUCUGGAAUCUGUCCGAAUUUAAAUUAGCAGGUGUUCCUAUGAAUUCCCUCAGAGAACACACUGUGGAUGAUUUAGCAACCUCUUCCUAUGCCUCCUGAAGUAUCUGGGUUGCAUAUGGUGGCCAUAAGUAGUCCAUGGGCUUCUGAUGUAAAAAACAAACCUGCCCCUUUUGACCCUGUUCUGUACAGCAUCAGGGCAGCGAUUGCUGACCACAUGCUGGACCCUCUGGAAACAGAGGGCUCUGCAUCCAUGUCCACGAGGCUUCAUGUCCAUCUGGCCAUCAGGCCUUGGGAAGCAGCACCCCACAGCCUUGGCACAGCUGCAGAGACCUCCUUGCAUCAGGAUGGAGUCAAACCUGGACCCCCUGCCAUUCUCAUCUGCAGGAAACACUGGCCUCCUUCAUCCUUAGUCUGUGUUGCUGGAAGUCACCCGUCUCCGAGGCCCCUUGGGAUCGACUGAGUGACCAGCAGUGAAGUUCGUCCACCUCCUGAAUGGAUGCCAUCAUCUGACGUGAUGGAGCUCAGUGGGAUGCUGCUGCCUUCCCUCGCUUAGCUAGGAUGUCCCUGAUAAAGGAUGACACCAAAGCCUCAGCACGACUGGCCAAACUUGAGGUGGUCAUCUCAGCACUGAUGCUGGGCCAACAAUUAGCCCCAUUUGUACAUUUUUACAAAUUUUUGGCAAUUGCCAAGAAUUCUCCACCUUCCCUCCCCAUUGAAUUAAAGAAACUUCUUGCCUCAUGGAUACUCAGAAUACA